UAUAAAAUUUAUUUUUAUUGAAUAGAUGAGAAAAUUUAUUAUUAUACAUAAAUAUAUUGAUUUAACAGUGAAAAACUGAAAGAUUUAAUAAUCGAUUUUAUAUAAUUAUUAGUAGUAAAACUAAUAAAUUAUUUAUUUACUCAAAAUGAAACAUUUGAAAUUUAUAUCUAGGACAGUUUUGGUUCGUAAUGGAAAUGUCGAUGAAGCAUGUCGAUUGUUAAAUCGCAUUAUGGGUUCUGAAGGUUUUUUUGAUCAGUAUAGGCGUACAAGAUUCUAUGAAAAACCAACUCAAAUGAGACGACGGAUCAAUUUUGAAAAAUGUAAAGCUAUUUACAAUGAAGAUAUGGAUCGUAAAAUCAAGUUUGUUUUAAGAAAAAAUCGUCCUGAACCAUUUCCUGGGUGUUAUUAAAUAGAAAUUUAUGUCUUUAAUAUAAUAUAUCACUAUGAAAAUGAAAAAAUUACUAAUAUGUUGUGCUUUUGUAACAGAUUUAAUAAACGAUCUUAGAAAUUGUAUGAUUAAAUAAGGUUUUAUAUUCAUUUUUUCUAUUUAAAAUAGUCGAUUAUACAUCCUUUUUGUUGCUUUAUGGUAAAUAUUUAAUCUUCAAACUUUCUAAUGUAUUGCCUCAUAUAAAUGUUUGAAAUUAUUUAGUGAAGAAGAAUUCUAACAAAUACAUUAUACUUAUUUUAUUUCUUCUAUUUAUAUUAUAUUUAAUAUAUUUUUUUAA